AUGAAAGCGUUAACAGUUGCACUUGUCGCCGUUCUUUUUGGUUGUGUAUUUGGUUUGGAUCAAACGUUAACAAAACACUGGAAAUUAUGGAAAGAAUUACAUUCAAAAAAAUAUUUUGAUGCUGAAGAACAUGUUCGUCGAUCAGUAUGGGAAAGUAAUUUAAAUUUGGUUCAAACACAUAACUUACAAGCGGAUUUGGGACAACAUACACAUUGGUUAAAAAUGAACAAAUUUGCUGACUUGACAUCUGAAGAAUUUGUUAAACAAAUGAACGGAUUCAAUAUGUCAUUACGUACAAAUCAACAAAUGGAUCGUCAUGAAUUUACACGAUCAUCAAAUGUCAAACUUCCAGACACUGUUGAUUGGAGAGAUCAAGGAUAUGUUACCGAUGUGAAAGAUCAAGGACAAUGUGGUUCAUGUUGGGCAUUUAGCGCCACCGGUAGUUUGGAAGGACAACAUUUUAAACAAGCAAAAAUGUUAAACUCAUUAUCCGAACAAAAUUUAGUUGAUUGUUCAACAGCACAAGGCAAUCAAGGUUGCAAUGGUGGAUUAAUGGAUCAAGCAUUUCAAUAUAUUAAAGAGAAUAUGGGUAUUGACACUGAAGAUUCAUAUCCAUAUGAAGCUGUUGAUAACCAAUGUCGUUUCAAAAAAGACACUAUUGGUGCUACAGACACCGGUUUCACUGAUAUCAAAACAAAAGAUGAAGAAGCGUUACAAGAAGCUGUUGCAACAGUUGGACCAAUCUCUGUUGCUAUUGAUGCCAGUCAUCCUAGCUUUCAAUUAUAUUCACAUGGUGUCUACAACGAAAUUUUCUGCUCUCAAAUUCGUCUUGAUCACGGUGUGUUAGCCGUUGGUUAUGGAACAGAUAGUGGUAAAGAUUAUUGGCUCGUCAAAAACAGCUGGGGUAAAGGAUGGGGUAUGGAUGGUUACAUCAAAAUGUCACGAAACAAACGAAACCAAUGUGGUAUUGCAACAGCUGCCUCCUACCCAAUGGUUUAA